GUAAGACUGCUCUCGACAUGGAGCCUACAAAGCCACAAGCUGGAACACUGCCGCUGCCGACGUUUGAUCUCGAGAACUACGCCAGUAACUACGAAGGCGUGCUCCUCAUCUAUCGCCUCGCCCACAUCGCCCUCCGCUGCCCAUCCCUCUCCCAUCAGGCCCUCGUUCUCGCCAUCGCCAAAGCCAAAGCUGGCAAGGACGUGCAGCUCUACAACCGCCUCACCGAGCUCGCCGGUCAACUGCACUUCACCGAUCUCGCUACCGUCGAUGUCGACUGGGCGUCACGACAGGAUGAGGAGAACCGGAGAGAACACAGCAGGCUGGAGAGUGAGCUCCGAGGAUACAAGAACAACUUGAUCCGAGAGUCGAUUCGCAUGGGACAGGAAGAUCUGGCGAUCCAUUACCUCGAAACAGGUGGGCUCGUCCAUGAUGCGGCGAAUCCUUCCUCCAGCGGGACUGGUUACAAUUCUGCGUCACAGGCCUUCUCCAAGAUGCGGGACUUCUGCGUGACGCCCAGCCAUCUCAAUGGCCUGUACCUACGCGUCAUGUACACGACCGUCCUACAAGCCGCGCAGGCGCAGCUGAACGGCCUUCCCGCCAUCCACUACUACAACGUCCUCCUCGCGAACUCGAAUCGGCUUAAGAGCAGCGGCAGCAAAGAGGAGGAGAUGAAGCUGGUGAUGCCCAUCCAUCACGUUAUCGCAGGCAUCGCACAUAUCGGACAAGGAGACUACCGCCAGGCAGCCCGCGCGUUCAUGCACACGCCCUUUGAGUACCAUAAUUCCGGUCCUGUUCUGGGCCAGAACAUGGAACGAAGUGUCGCCAAUGGGAAUGACGUUGCCAUCUAUGGUGGUCUCUGCGCUCUGGCGACCAUGUCCCGCGAAGAGCUGAUGGAUGAUGUGCUGGGGGGACCUUUCCGCGCCUUCCUCGAGCUCGAACCACACAUGCGCAAGGCUAUUGGUCUCUAUACGACCGCAAAGUACCAGACUUGUCAAGACACUCUGCGAAGAUAUUAUAGUGACUGGAGUCUCGAUGUCUUUUUGGGCGCUCCUUUGGGCAAUCAUCCCCAGUCCCACGUUGAUCUCCUCUUUGCUAAAAUCCGAGAACGGAGCAUCACAGCGUACUUUUCCUCCUUCUCCGAGGUGAGCCUCGCCACAUUAGCUUCCACCUUUCCGCCCGUCUCCACCGCGCCCGAUGCCAUGGAAGUGGAGAUUCUGGGCAUGAUUAAGAGUGGGACGCUCGAUGCCCGACUGGAUGUCGUGGAUGGAAUUGUGAUUGCUCCCAAAAAAGAUCUGAGACAAGAAACACACCUGAAUGCGAAGAAGGUUGCUGAGGAGGUCGAACGGACUUUGCUCUUGCGUCUUCAUAAGGUGAAUAUGACACUGGCAGGGUUAGAGAUUCCCAAGGUGAAGGGUGCGCCAUGGGGCAACGGGUAUUAAGGAAUGGUCUGCUUGAUUACUUUUCUGCAUAGCGUGGCGGGACCGGACUCGAUUAGACUGGCGUUUGGAGCGAGCUCAGGUCAUGGUCGUAUGAGACCAAGAUGAAAAGAUGAUGAUAACAGAGGACAUGCCCACGGCAUCUGCAGGUUUCCAGAGAAUGAAGAUGAUAUGAUAGUACCAUGAGUCUGUAUAGGACACGAGUGAAAUACAUGUAAUGCUUAGAGAGGGGAGCGAGGCUGAAGUUGGGAAAGUCGAAUCUUGCCAUUGGGGUCCGAAGUCUCCAUUUCGAGCGCGAUUGCAUUGAACAGACGAUUCAAAUCCGAGGCUACUAUCAUGUGGUAGUAGUAGGCAGAUCUGUUGGUGUGUCUGUCUGUCUGACUGACUGACUCUCUGCCUGCUAACCGGCCUGCUCUUGACCAACUAAUCACCUCGCAACCAACCAAACGCCGCUCCCCCCUCCCAACUUCAGGUACGAAAUAGCGAGAACGAAAAGAUCAAUUAUCCUCCUUAUACCGAUGUCCACAUUCAUGACAAACAUAAAACACCGUCGUGCCCUCAUCCGCACUCCUCAACUGCAACGCCGUAAAAUACAUUUCCGGCGAAGCGCACUCGGGACACGUCUGAGAGAUUUUCUGUCCAUUCUUCUGCAGCUCUUCUUCAGAGACGGAUUGCACGUUUCCUUGGAGUUUGGUUCGGAGCUGAGAGGGGAGGGAGCGGGGUCGAGAAGUUUCGACGAUGGUCGAGGGCCAGUUGUUGGGAUUUGUGGUGCCGCAGACUUCACAUUGGAUUUUGAGAUGGGUGGGAGAAACUCUUUCGAGGAGAUUGUUACAUGCGGUGCAGAAACAUAGUCCGCCGACGAGAGACAUGAUUUGUUGUUCUUGUUCUUGUUCUUCGUAUAGUUGUUGAUUUGAUUUGAG